AUGCCGCCGAAGAAGACACACAAGGGCGAUGCUCCCGCGCCGAAGCGCGAGGACUCCCUGUCGAGGCACUACCCCAAGCUGCAGGACGGCAGCUCCGUCUUCGGCCUCGAGGAGUUCGACGACGAGGCGAGGGCGCACGUCAUUGGGAACAGAUCGGACUGGAAGUUCUACGCGCUGUGCUCGUUCUGUCACACGUUCAGAGCCGUGCUGAGGCUCCCGACGUUCACCGGGGACGAGCUGGAGCGAUCCCUGGUCGAUCCCGCGAAGCACGUGCUGACCCUGGAGAUCCUCCUGCGCCUGAUCGACCCUCCCGUCCGUCCCCGCGGUGAGAUGGACAAGAACAGGCUCGCGGUCGACGAGUGGGAGGCUCGACUGGCGCGCAAGAUCGAGGCGCUCGCGGAGGAGACGGAUUACUUCGAAUCGGAUUACCCGGACCAGGCCGAUGACGUCCGCGGUCACCCGUUCAACGGCGGCCGCACGUUCUUCGACCUGAACCCUCGCGAACGCCUCGACGUCCUCUACGCACUCGGCGAGGAACGGCUGGAGGACGACCCGGAGGGCGAGUGCGGCGCGGAGGUCAGGGCGAUGGCGGUGCACAACGCGACGUUCGCCGACGCGGAGGAGGAGGGGCACCAUCCCGAGGCUCACGGGGACCCGAUCGGGGUGGACUCGGACAACCGGCAGUACUUCGCGUGCGGCAACGACCUGCGCGUGUAUCGGUGGGAGAAGCCCAAGGCUAACGCGUUCACCCAGCCCGCGUGGGGGACCGUUUGCGUGGGCCUCAAGGAGACGAUGGCGUUUGCGGAUUCGCUAAAGGGGGGCAAGCGCAACAGCAAGGACUACCUGCUGUGGGAGUACCUCACCGAGACGCACCUGCCUCCGCACGUCGCCGCGCUUGAGCGCGAGGAUCGCGCCAAACGCGCGGAGGAGAAGGCUUUAGAGGACGCCGAAAGGCGUCGCGCCGCCAAGGAAGCGUACGAGAGCGUGGACCGCAAACGCUCCGGUCGAAUCGCGCAAAAAGCCGCCGAGGAGGAGGAGAAGAGGAGGAUCGAGGAGGAAGCCGCGGCCAAGCGCGAGGCUUUGCGAGCCGCCGCCGCCGCGAAGGAGGACGCGAGGCAGAAAGCCUGUUGGAGGUGGAUGCUGUUGCCCCCACGGCUCAGACCCGCGGAGGUGCCCGAGGGUAUGAACCCGGCGCACUCCGAAGCGGCAAAAAACUCAGAGGGCGCCGAACGAAGGGCGGCUGCUUCCAACCCGCGCGGCGAGGCCUGCGUGGGCAAACGGCUCGACGUGUACUGGGACGAUGACCAGACGUGGUACCGCGGUGUCGUCAAUGCGUUUGAUCCGGAGAAGAACACGCACGAAGUGUAUUAUCCGGAGGAUGAGGUCACGGAGACGGUGCGACUCGCCGAGGUUCGCAAGCGGUGGAUCCCCGACGGGUGGGACGAAUCGGGGGACGCGCUGUUAUUACCGGAGGUGUUCGAACCCGGGCUUGAACACCGCGGGGUGAAGCUCGACGGGUCCGCCACCGUGUUGUUCAUGCGCAGGCCCGGCAGUGUGGGGCAGCGGCGGGAGGAGGAGGAGGACGAGGAGGAGGACGCGGCGGCACUUCGAGACCCCGAGCCGUACUCCUCGGACAGGUCGGCGGAUGAAAGGAUGGACAUCGAACGACGGGAAGGUGGUUCGAUGGACGGGUACGACAACGACGGGUACGACGAGGAUGGGGACGACGACGACGACGACGACGACGGAUACGGCGGCGUCGACGAGCUCAAAGCCGAGGGGGGGGCGGUUGACCGUGGGUCGCGAAAGAAUGCCUGGGACGCGGUCGGGUCGUCGGCUGCCGAGGCGCCGCCGCCCGCGAAGAGAUCCCGCUCGGAGGAGGAGGAGGAGGAGGAGGAGGAGGAGGAGGAGGAGGAGGAGGAGUGCCGCCCCGGUCUGGUUGGGGUCACCGAGACUGCACGCGUCGAUGGGGAGAAGGCACCCGUCGAUGUUCUCACUAGUGCAUGGUAA